GAGUUGCAUUGCCGCUACCGUUCGUGCGUCAAUCGAGUCGAGGCCACCUUUCCGCCGACAAAAGGGCAUUCGCACCAGGCACCCAACCGGCUUCUGUCGCCGCGCUUUACUCGCCCUUUCCCGGAUACCUGGAUGGCUGGCCGAUCUUGCUGCCCGUUGGUUGUUUAAACUUUGCGGUACUAUACAUCUUGCGAAUCAUUGACUGCCGGAUUACCCGAUUGUGCCACCCUUGAUAGCUAUCGCCGCCCCCGCUCGACACCACUGUCGGCCAUCGGUUCGGUUCACCAACUCGAACUACAAAAGGUUGAUGGUCGCUAUGGGAACGUGCAUGAGCACGAGUGGGGAGGAAUCGGAGCAAAGGAAGAGGAGUAACAAGAUUGACAGGGAACUGGAGGAGGACUCCAGAAAGCUGCGGCGAGAAUGCAAGAUUCUACUGCUCGGCUCCGGCGAGAGCGGAAAAUCGACAAUCGUCAAGCAGAUGAAGAUUAUCCACUUGAAGGGUUAUUCCCCAGAAGAGCUCGCGAGUUACCGCCCAACCGUGUACAAGAAUCUCUUGGAAUGUGCCAAGGCAGUCGUUGGCGCGAUGCGCCAAUUCGAAAUCGAUCCUGUGCUGGACGAGAACAGGGCGUAUUGCGAUUUUAUCUAUGACUAUUCCCUCGACACCAACCCGCACGCAAAGAUUGAUCCGAAAGUGGGCGUUGCAGCUCAGUCCAUCUGGAAUGACCCUGCCAAAGAGCGGCUGAUGGAGAGGCAAACAGAGUUCUACCUGAUGGACUCUGCCGAAUACUUCUUCCAGGAAGCUAUGAGGAUAGUGGCGCCUAACUACCUCCCUGUAGAAAUGGAUGUACUGCGGGCGAGAACGAAGACCACUGGAAUUUACGAGACAAGAUUCAAGAUGGGUGCAUUGAGCAUUCAUAUGUUUGAUGUGGGCGGACAGAGAAGUGAGCGCAAGAAGUGGAUCCACUGCUUCGAGAACGUUACUUCCAUUAUAUUCUGCGUUGCUUUGAGCGAAUACGAUCAAGUAUUGCUUGAAGAGAGCAGCCAGAACCGGAUGAUGGAGAGUCUGUUGCUCUUUGACUCAGUCGUCAACUCGAGGUGGUUCAUGAGGACAAGUAUCAUUCUGUUCCUCAACAAGGUGGACAUCUUCAAACAGAAACUGGGUCGGUCGCCGUUAGGCAAUUACUUCCCAGACUAUUCAGGCGGGAACGACGUCAACAAGGCAGCCAAGUACCUACUUUGGAGAUUUAACCAGGUCAACCGGGCUCAUCUCAAUCUCUAUCCUCACCUGACGCAAGCCACCGAUACCUCCAACAUUCGCCUGGUCUUUGCCGCAGUAAAAGAGACGAUUCUCAACAAUGCUCUCAAGGACUCGGGCAUUCUGUGACGACCAGGCUUCUCGUUGAAUCCCUCAAUACCCCAUAACAAUUACGGGGUCUUUCAUUUAUAAGAUUAGAGCGAGCCAUUCUGGAUCGCUACUCAUGCAUGACAGGGCGUUGGUUUACUUUUUCACCUUUGUUUACACCAGGGACAGGCAACCCCUUGGCGGCUGAUGAUUUCGCUCAAUUGCUGUGCGUUUUUUGCAUUUACGAGUUUGUCGGAAUAGUGCGUCGGCUGCUU